GCAUAUGCAUCAUUUCAGAUCACAGUGCAGAACAUCAUUAAAACACAAAAAUACAAAGUCAUAAAGACAGUCAAUAACUGAGGCGUUGCAUUUUGUUUAAUGUUGAAAACACAUUUUCCAACAGAUGAUAUGUUAAAAUCUAAUAACAAGCAAAUAGUUUCUCUAUUCCAAAAGUUCGUAAAUUGAAUUAUUUGGGUUUUUUUCUUCUACUUUUGUCUCUUUUCUUUCCAGAAUGUCGUUAAUCUUCCCGUCCUCCAACGACACCGCUCUGGUUCCGUCUGUUCGGUCCAACGGCUCUUCUGUCCCUUUCUACUUAUACUGUUACGUCACCGAAUCAAGUUCUCUGAUCUACUUUUCCUUCCUGAUCACCAACAUCUGCAUCCUGCUUCCUGUCUGUACCUUCGUUCUCCACUGCGGCCAUCAGCGGAGGCAGCUGAAGCUUUUGUUUUCCUCCUCAGCGGCCCUGAGCCACUCCGACUGCUUCACCUUUCACCUGGUCGCCAUGGAGAUUAUCGGUCUGUUUGGGUGUGGCGCCUGCGCUGCCGGAAUCCACGAGCUGGACUCAAACCUGCUGAUGGUCGGGAACUUCAGCUUCGCUCUGGCCUGGUUCGGAGAGACUUUCUUUCAUGUCCUAACGUGCCUGGAGCUUUACCUGGCAGCGGUUCAUCCCGUCAGCUACCGGAACCGGAGAAAUGAGAGCGGCGUCCGAAUCAGAAACGUGAGCGUCGGAUGUGUUUGGUUGUUUUGUUUGGUGGGGAUGACUUUGGUGAUGUCGGAAGUCUUCUUUAUCGUCCAGGAGAAACAAGCAAAGACAAAGAGAAGAUGGACCAAACCAAGCAGAGAGCAUUUAAUAUGAUUGCGAUAAUACUGGGAGUUCUGCUGCUCAGGUUUUCUUUCAACAUUGCUUGGGAAGUUGUGUAUUUAUCAGUAGGAAUUAAAGGUUGUGUGAUAAUGACCAGCUGCACGUGGUUCAACAUCCCAUGCAGUCUGGUGUUACCGCUCCUGUUUCUGCACAGAGCAGGAAGACUGGCGUGCAGCAAGAGCACUUAGCUAACCAGGUUUAAACGUGCAAAAGUGAAAUUGAUUGUGAUGCAAAGAAAGUGGAUACUGUUGAAUGCUCAGCACAUUUAGUGCUGAAGUAAAGUUGUCAUUUUGUAAAACAUAUUUGGUAUUAAUAACGUUUUUCUUGUUUGGAAGACACCAGAGAUGAAAGUUUAUCCUCAUAAUGUCUGUCUGCAACUUUAUUUUGAGUAUCUAUGGUAACCAAGUGUCUUUUUUUGUUUUGUUUUUUGAAAGGAUACUGGAAACAGGAAGACUAUUUAUGCUAUGAAUUAAUGAAUUGAAAAGGUAUGAUUAUAGAAGUUAAACUUCAUCAUGUUCCUUUUCAGACCCACAGUCACCAAAUAAGUGGUGAAUUUACAUGUAUCUGAGUAG